ACCGGUCCUGCGGCAACUGCGGGCUGUCACGUUACCAAGCUCCGUCAGUGCAGCUUGGAUUCGCGCUCAGAGGCAGGUUCUAACCUUCUAGGCGAUUUAUUUCGCGUCGAUACGUCCACGUAUUGACUUCGACUCAGCUCGCACCCUCGUUUCACGCCUUCAACUCUACCUCAACUCAUCCCUCCAUUCCCCUUCAAAAUGUCUUCGGACUCGGACGACGAUAUCCCUCUCGCCAGAACGAAUGGCCGCGUCUCACAAGCACACAUCUCGAAGGAUGUCGAUAGGGCCAUGGACAAGGCUGAUGCAAAGUUCAACCACGUCCCAUCAGGAGUUGCUGUCCGGAAUGGGCCCGUAGUGGAAGACAAGAUGGACGUUGAUGAGCCAGCGACGAACGGCAAUACAAAGCGCAAGGCCCGCACCAGCACAUCAAAGGCACCAAAUUACGCCGACAGCGAAAGUGAUGAGGAUUCAGUCCCAUUGGCCAAACGUCAAAGGGUCUCUAAAAAGGCCGCUGAUUCUGAUUCCGAUGAUGACGUCCCAUUGGCAGCCAAAAAGAAGCCAGGAAAGCUUCCCCCCAAGGUCACUGCUGCUGCUUUUGGCGAGGAGUCCUCAGGGGACGACGAGCCGCUGACAACAAAGCUUGCCAAGAAAAAGGCCUCGAUCGAGAAGAAAGCUGAGAAGGAAGCCAAAUCAAUACGUGCCAAGGAGAGCAAGGCAAAGAAGGCAGCAAAGAAGGAAGAGUCUGAUAGCGAAAAGGACGUCAAGCCCAAGGCGAAGCGGAAAUCGAACGGCACUGCAUCUGCGAAGAAGUCAAAUGGAGUGAAGGCCGAGUCUGAUUCUGAUGAGCCGCUCAAGAAGUCAACCACCAAGAAAGCCAAUGGCAAAGUCAAAGUUGAAGAAUCUCCAGCAAAGGGCAAAGGUAAGAAGGACGACAGCGAGGACGCCGAGGAAGUCUAUCGCUGGUGGGAUGCGCCAAAGAAGGAAGAUGACAGCAUCAAAUGGGAGACUCUGCAACACAAUGGUGUUAUAUUUCCCCCAACUUAUGAGCCACUUCCCAAGAACGUCAAACUUCUCUACGAUGGAGUUCCUGUUACUCUCUCUUUGGAGGCUGAGGAGAUUGCUGGAUUCUUUGGUGCUAUGUUGAAUUCUACGCACAACGUCGAAAACCCCACCUUCCAGAAGAAUUUCUUUGAGGAUUUCAAGGAAGAAGUCAAGAAGACUGGCGGCGCGAAAGACAAGGACGGAAACAAACUUUCUAUCAAGGAUUUCUCCAAGCUCGAUUUCAAGCCUAUUUUCAACUACUACGAUGGCAAGAAUCAGGAGAAGAAGGCACGUUCCUCGGCAGAAAAGAAGGCCGACAAAGCUGCCAAAGACCUCGUCGAGGCGCCCUACACUACCUGCAUUUGGGAUGGACGCAAGGAGCAGGUGGGAAAUUUCCGUGUCGAACCUCCUGGAUUGUUCCGAGGCCGUGGUGAGCACCCGAAAACUGGAAGAGUCAAGAAAAGAGUCAUGCCUGAGCAAAUCACUAUCAACAUUGGCAAAGAGGCUACUGUGCCCGCCCCGCCGGAAGGUCAUAAGUGGAAGGCUAUCCAGCAUGACAAUAAAGCUACUUGGCUUGCUAUGUGGCAGGAGAAUAUCAACGGCGCCUACAAGUAUGUCAUGCUUGCUGCAAAGAGCAGUAUUAAGGGCCAGAGUGACUACAAGAAGUUUGAGAAGGCUCGUGAGCUGAAGAAGCACAUCGAUCGCAUUCGAAAAGACUACACCAAAGAUCUCAAAGCCGAGCUCAUGGCUGAUCGUCAACGAGCUACAGCCGUUUAUCUCAUUGACAAGUUCGCGUUGCGUGCUGGUAACGAGAAAGAUACCGAAAAUGAGGCAGAAACAGUUGGCUGUUGCUCUCUUAAGUAUGAACAUGUCACACUCAAGGCGCCACAAACCGUCAUCUUUGACUUCUUGGGCAAGGACAGUAUUCGUUUUUACGAAGAAUUCAUCGUCGACGAACAGGUCUUUAAGAACUUGAGGAUCUUCAAGAAGGCUCCUAAGAAGGAGGGUGACGACAUAUUCGACCGUCUCAAUACAACCCAACUCAACAAGCAUUUGACGAAUUACAUGCCUGGUCUUAGUGCCAAAGUGUUCCGUACUUACAACGCUUCCUUCACCAUGUCAACUCUUUUGAAGGAGCUCAUGGAUACCAACAUUUCCAUCCAGGAGAAAGUCAAGCUCUAUAAUGACUGUAACAGAAAAGUUGCCAUUCUUUGCAACCACAAGCGUACAGUUGGUGCCGGCCACGAGGUCCAAAUGGAGAAGAUGUCAGACAGAAUCAAAGGCCUCCAAUACCAGCAAUGGCGCCUAAAGCAGAUGAUCCUUGACAUUGAGCCUAAGCAAAAGAAGAAGAAGGGUGCUGAAUGGUUCGAGCUGGACGAAGGCCUCACACAAGAAUGGGUUCUCGAACACCAAGCCUUCCUCGUUCAGGAGAUGAGAACAAAGAUCGAGAAGAAGUUUGCCAAAGAGAACGAAAAGCUCGUCGCCGAUGGCCAAAAGGAAAUGAAGGUUAAGGAACUGACCGAACGCUUAACGGCUGCCGAUGACCUCGAAAAGAAGCUCAAGAAGGAAAACAAGACGAAAAAGGUUGAGGCUGAAGGCAAAGGAGCAUCUGUAGAGAAAUGCGAGGCGAACAUCAAGAAACUUGACGAGAGAAUUACUGCCAUGAGGCUUCAGGCUGAAGACCGAGAGGGCAACAAGGAGGUCGCCUUGGGCACCAGUAAGAUUAACUACAUCGAUCCACGCCUCACAGUUGUCUUUGCCAAGAAGUUCAACGUUCCCAUCGAGAAGUUCUUUUCGAAGACUCUCCGUGAGAAAUUCACCUGGGCCAUCGAAUCAAUCGAGGAUGAAGAUGAUUGGGAAUUCUAAACCUUGGGUAAUGUCACGCAGCUUUCACGACCUUAAGACAUACACUCAGCGUCAUCACAACAUCACACCUUCACCGUUAUCAAUACUACGCUUAGUAUAGGGCCUGAGCCCACGUCAAUCAUUUCCUUGAAUUGCAUUGCAUUUACAUCAGGAGCGCGGAGGCAUAAUCGCAUUAUCUAGCACGCCGGGUGGCGGAGAACUUGGAGAAGCGACUGGACGGGAUCUCCCAGAACCAAACAUUCAGGAUGAUUUCUUGAAUACCGGUUACUGCUGCUCGUCCGCUAUUGCUAGUUCUCUGGGGGCAAAGUUCCAUGGUGGACUUUCUUCCGCUCGGUUCAGUCCACAGUCUUACACUGCAUUUUACAUAAGACGUCGUGAAGGGGAAGUUUACAUACAUGCACAUACGUACUUUAGUCAAAAAGCUUUUCAGCAAAUCGAUGAAAAACAC